GAGGAGAGAGGGAGGGAGGCGCAGAGUCAGAGCGAGGCAGCAUGAGCCUGGGAGCUGAUGCAGAGUGAAGGGAAGAGAAGGAGCCACUGAGCCGACAGAGAGGAGAAACAAAAAGAAGAGCCGGAGCUGACGGAGGACGCUACAACAACUCUUUGCAUGUUAAACCUCCUGCGACGAUGACCUCCUGCCAGCUUCUCCUCCUCCUCCUCCUCUGCUGCUGCUUUGCCAGCUCGGGGAGCUCCGCCGUGUUCACCCAGCAGCCCACAGACCUGGUCGUGGUGGCGGGCCAGCCAGUCACGCUGCCCUGCUCCAUCCCCGGGUACCACGGCAUGGUGCUGUGGCUGCGUGACGGCAUGGCGCUCGGCGUUAACAGAGAUCUGUCAGGUUACCCUCGAUACGACAUUGUUGGAGACCACAGCAAAGGAGAGUAUCACCUCCUGAUCCAGAGAACGGAGAUUCAAGAUGACGCUUUCUUUGAGUGCCAAGCCAUCCAGGCGGCUAUCAGAUCCCGACCCGCCCGCCUCACCGUGCUCGUUGCACCCGAUGAUCCGGUGAUAGUCGGAGCUCCGGUGGUGAGCCUGCGAGCCGGUGACCACCUCAACCUGACGUGCCACGCAGACAACGCCAAACCUGCUGCGUCCGUCAUCUGGAUCCGCAACGGCAUCGUCCUCAGCGGAGCUAUGUACUCCAAGACCUUGUUGCGGGACGGUAAGAGGGAGAGCACAGUCAGCACGCUGUACCUGCCUCCGUCCAACAUCGAGUCAGGUCAGCAGAUCACCUGUCGAGCUUCAAACAAAGCGGCGCCCAAUGGAAAAGACGUUACCGUCACGAUCGACAUUCAGCAUCUGCCCGUCGUCAACCUGAGCGUGGACCCUCAGCCGGUUCUGGAGGGAAACCUGGUCAAAUUCCACUGCGCCGCCAAAGCCAACCCACCCGUCAUCUACUACAGGUGGGCCAAAGGAGGUCACGUGAUUCCCGACAUCUUAGGCGACACCUACGAGGUUCUCGUGGAUCACUCUUUCUUCACCGAGCCCGUUUCCUGUGAGGUCACCAACGCGCUGGGUAACACCAACAUCAGCAGGAACGUGGACGUCUACUUCGGGCCGAGGAUGGCGGCCGAGCCUCAGUCUCUGCAGGUCGACCUCGGAUCUGAUGCCGUGUUCAACUGUGCCUGGACCGGAAAUCCAUCUCUGACCAUCGUGUGGAUGAAACGUGGUUCAGGAGUGGUGCUUAGCAACAAGAACACUCUGACACUGAAAGCAGUAAAGCCGGAGGAUGCUGGGAAGUAUGUGUGUCGGGCCGUAGUCCCCAGAGUGGGCGCCGGCGAGAAGGAGGUGUCGCUCACUGUGAAUGGUCCUCCCACUAUCUCCAGCACCCAGACCCAGCAGGCGCUCUACGGAGAGAAGGGUCAGAUCAAGUGCUUCAUCCGGAGCACGCCUCCUCCAGACCGCAUCGCCUGGUCCUGGAAGGAGAGAGUCUUAGAGUCCGGGACGUCUGGACGCUACACUGUGGAGACGGUCAGCACCGAGGAGGGCGUGAUAUCCACACUGACCAUGAGUAACAUCGUCCCUGCUGAUUUCCAGACCAUCUACAACUGCACGGCGUGGAACAGCUUCGGCUCCGACACUGAAAUCAUACGACUCAAAGAACAAGAAACUCUGCGGCUGGCUGUGAUCAUCGGCGUGGCGGUGGGAGCCUUCCUCGCCCUCUCCAUCCUCCUGGGGACGUUAGGCGCUUUCUGCUGCACCAGAUUCCAGAGAAAGGACGUCCAUCUGGUCAUGUCUUCUCUUCCCGUGUCCCUGUCACGCCAGCGAGACGUGAAAACAGAGAAUCUCAAAGGAGUGGUUUCAGCCAAAAAUGACAUCCGGGUGGAGAUCGUCCACAAGGAUCACAACGCGGCACGGGAGAGCGAGGAGCACAUGAACAUCAAACAGAUGAUGAUUGACCGCGGUGAGUUCCAGCAGGAGCCGGUGCUCAAACAGCUGGAGGUGCUCCAGGAGGAGGAGAAGGAGUUCCAGCACGUCAAGGAUCCCACCAACGGCUACUACAGCGUCAACACCUUCAACGAGCACCACACCACCCCCACCAUGUCCCUGACUCCCAGCCAGACACCUGACGUAGCCCGAAGCCCGGCCGCUGGAACCAUGACUAUCGGCAAGCAGCGUGUUCCCACUGGCAUGUCCUUCACCAACAUCUACAACACCCUGGGAGCCGGUCCCAACCGCCUGUACGACUACAGCCAGCGCUUCGUCCUGGGCAUGGGCAGCAGCUCCAUCGAGCUCUGCGAGCGGGAGUUCCAGCGGAGCUCACUGAGCGACUCGAGCUCUUUUAUCGACACGCAGUGCGACAGCAGCGUCAGCAGCUACAGCAAACAGGACGGCUAUGUGCAGUUCGACAAGGACAGCAAGACCUCGGCCUCGUCCUCCUCCCACUAUUCUCAGACUUCCUCCCAGAAUUCAGACCUCACGAGGCCUCUGCAGAAACGCAUGCAGACCCACGUCUAACAGCUGGUGGGGCGCCUUGACUGGGAUAACGAGGAUGUUCCAAAGAGCCUUCGUACCUACACAGAUUAGAUGUUUUUUCAGUGAUCGGUAUUCCAACAGAGGGACAUAACGUGAUUUGAAACAGCUGGAAUCAAAGUACGACUUCUUAAUCAUGAGCCAACAAAAAAAAAAAGGUCAUCCAUGACAAUCAUUUGUCUGCUUCCUCUUCUCAUGAAUUGUCAUCAAACACGGCGGUUUGUUGCCAUACGCACCGCACACAUUGCAGAAUAUCAGACGAAAACAAUCAGAGGAAAAAAUAAUGAGCUUUUUUUUUUUUUUAUUAAUGAGAAAACUCUUGGUGGAUAAAAAAACAAACGUACGUGAGCUGGCACAGCAGAACGCUCUGUUAGACGUCACUCAUCUCUUGUACAUCGGUUACACCUUGUUGACUUCCGGUGCUGGCUGCAUCCGAAGCGCGGUGUCUCUUUUUGACGUGCUGUACAUUGUUUCGGCUCUUUAAUGGCUUUUUAUUUUUCUGUGAAAUUUCCCUUUCCCUUCAACGUAUUCGCUUCAAGGAAGGAUCUUUCCUCGUGAACUGAUACACAGAAAUGCAUGGAGAAGCGGACACGCCACAAAGAGGCUUUCCUUUGAAAAGGUAUUUCUGUUUUCCAUCCUCCUGAAAGGACCUCAUGAUGUUUACAAGAGUAGCCCAAGGGUAUUGAGAUCCAUACUUUUCCCAUUUAAUGUGAGACACUUGCAGCUUGUGUGUGUACUAAAUCUCUGGGAAGCACUUUCUAGCUGCCAGAGCAGGUUUCUCAUUUCCAUAUUUGGCUGAUAUCGUGUUGUUUACACUCGAGCUCUGUAAAACCCAGCGUUUUGUGUACUGUGAUUUGACUACUGAAUGACAAGGGGGUGACGAUAAAGUGAGAUUCAUUUCUGCCUGACACUUCUGAUCUUCUAGGGGGGAACACUUUUUGAUGCCCACUGUUUUAGGUGAGCCAGAACGCUGGAGCUGGAGCUGGAGACGAAAUGCUAUCAUUAGUUUGAAGCCUGACAAUUACACUUGCUGUGUUCAAGAAGGAAAAAAAAAAAAGGAUGAGCAAACACAUGUAGUACUGUACUUCCAUGAGGAAAUUAAAAUAAGCCUAUCUGAAAUGAUUAUGAGUCCCUUGGGUGGUUUAAUAGGCCAUCAAUCAAAGCUGUGACACAGUAACAAGCAUGUACGAUCCAAAGGGCAAUCAGCCAAUACAACAGACAACUCCGGCGUGCCACAGCCAGCGAGGACACGAAUAAGAAGGUUAAAGAUUGUCAGUGAAGAAAGCACAAAGUGGUACAUUACAUAGCUACUCAUGUUCUACAAACGAAUAUAACUGAAUAGCAUGGGUUGAUGUACUGUCAUAACUAAGCACUCACAGAUGUUAUAGGCUCACUCUCCUUGUGUAAUAAACCUAAUCUCAUCACUGUCAUGUUGGGCGAUCCGACCUUCCAUUUGGGGAUUUCUGUUGUGAACAUACGUUAAUGUACAGAAAGAUUUUGUGCCAACAUUGUGUUUUGAUUAAAUAAAACUGCAAUAUACC